GUCAGCACAUCAGGAGAGCGCUCAGCGUCAAGGUUGGCUGGAAAAGAUCUAUAACUAUUUUUUUUUUCAUUCAAACACUCCUGGUUGUUCUAAAUGGAGGUGAUCAAUUCAUUCCAAGAGGUGGAUCAAGAUUAUGGUGGAGAUGAAACAUCCCCUGGGACAGAUUUGGAGACGGCUCUGGAGGAAUGCAGGGUUUCUCUCCAUCUUUUUCUGAACAACAGGUUUGCAGACGCUUUGGCAGCUUUAAAACCUCGGAAGAGCCACAGUAUGUACCAUGCAUUGGGCUACAGCAGCAUCUUAUUAAUGCAGGCUGCCAUGACCUUUGACCCAAAGGACAUGGAUGUAGCCAUGGAGUCACUCUGCGAAUCCUUGCACGUCUGCCAGAGGUUUCGAAGAAAAGUUGGAAUAAUGGAGAGCUUGGUUAACUUGUGGCAUGGACAACCAGUUGACAAUUUGACAGAAGAGGAGAUGCAUGCAGAGCUUUGCUACGCUGAAGUUUUGAUGCAGAAAGCCGUACUCACGUUCCUGGAUGACAAUAUAAUCAGCUUCAUCAAAGGAGGGAUGGGGAUGAGAAGCAGUUAUCAAAUUUACAAGAACUGCCAGGCCAUGGAAAUCGCCAUGAAAGAUGUGGAAAAGAAGAAGAGUACUCAUGUUCAUUUUCGAGGUGGGGUCAACAUGGGCAUUGGAUCUUUUAAUCUGAUCCUGUCCCUGCUUCCAUCCAGAGUCCUCAGACUGAUGGAGUUUCUGGGCUUCUCUGGAGACAGGGAGCUUGGAUUGUUCGAGCUGAGGGAGGGAGCAACAAGCAGCAGCCUCCGUUCCAUCCUCAGCACUCUGACUCUGCUGAUGUUUCAUCUCUACAUCACAGUCACACUUGGAACUGGAGACGUAAAUCUCACUGAGGCUGAUGCUCUGCUAAAACCAUUUGCUGAUAAAUUCCCAAAUGGAGCUCUCAUGCUUUUCUACACUGCACGAAUAGCUGUACUGAGAGGGAACUUCACAUUUGCCCAGGAGAAGUUCCUGGCGUGCAUUUCAACUCAGCAAGAGUGGCGUCAGAUUCACCACCUGUGCUACUGGGAGCUGAUGUGGGCCUACUCCUUUGAACAAAACUGGAUGGAGGCGUAUCGAUAUGUCGACCUGCUCUGCAGGGAGAACAAGUGGUCCCAGGCCACUUAUGUGUUUCAGAAAGCUGCCAUCUUGAGCAUGCUCCCAGAAGAAGAAGUAACUAAACUGGGGGAGAAUAUAGUGACUUUAUUCAGGCAGGUGGAUGGCCUCAGAAUAAGACUUGCAGGGAAAUCAAUUCCAACAGAGAAGUUUGCUGCGAAGAAAGCUCAGAGAUACUCUUCUGUGAAUCCUGGGAAACUUGUCGUCCCUGCAUUGGAAAUGAUGUAUGUGUGGAAUGGUUUCAAAGUAGUCGGGAAAAGGCCUGACCUGACUGAAAACAUUCUGUCUACUUUAGACAAAGCAGAGGAGCAGCUCCAAAAUAAUCCAGCACCAUCGGAGUACCACCUGGAUGAUCUGUGUGUCGUGCAGCUGCUCAAGGGCCUGUGUCUAACUCAGCUGGGACGCCUGGUACAAGCUGAGAUCUGUUUCAACUAUGUCAUUUCCAGCGAAAAGAAGAUCAAGCAUGACACAUAUCUGGUGCCGUUUACGAUGUAUGAGCUGGGUUUGUUGCACAAGCAGAAAGGAGACAUCCAAACAGCCAUCACAGUCAUAGAAAAUGCCAGGAUGAACUACAGAGACUACAGUAUGGAGUCAAGGCUACACUUCCGCAUCCAUGCAGCUCUCAACACCAUGGGCUCAUUUGAAGCCAAACUCCCUCCAUCACGCACACCUGCCUGAAGAACAUGUGGCAAGAAAACUGACAAAUGGAUCCAACGCAACCCAAAUCUUACCAGCUACCUUCAGCUCUUAAGUGUGAAUAAAAUAUUUCAGCUGUAACAUGCUUACAAGACACACCUUCUUUUUGAAAGUCGACUUUAUAAUUUUUUUUAGAUUUUGAAGCAUAGAUUGAUGUUUUUAACGUCUACCUGAAAGUUAUACUAAUUAGCUACAAAUUAUUAUUUUAUAAAAUCCCCAAAUAAACUGGAUACAUUCAGUGAUUUUCACAUUUGUAUUUUCUGAGAUUAAAAUAUUACAUUUUUAUCACUAACACUGUUUUUUUUGGGUAUUGAGCAGUAAUAUGUGUUCUUAAUUUAGCAAAACUGGUAAAAAUGUGUUAACAUAAAACUGAGUUUUAAGUUUAAAAUCACAACUAAGGUUUUCUGCACUGGGCACUGUCCCUGCUGAGGGUGCUGUCUGAUGACUCAAAAAAGAACAUUGCUAACAACACAGAACAUAUCCACAUAGAUUUGUAACCACAAAUGCACACUGCAGGUAAAAAUCCAAAUGGUCAUUUUUUCCAGCUAUGAACUAAGUUUGAAUUUUAAUUAUGGGUCUAGUAAUCCUUGAAGGAAUGCAUGUUGCCUGCCACCUUUCAGGCCAGUUUUAGACUAAGAUUAGCCUGGUAAACACCAGCAGAUCCUUGUCCUUCACUUUGCGGAACUGCGUGGGAAGGCAAGGGCCAGGCUAGACUAAGAUCAGCUUACGUUAAGAAAUUAUGACAACAUAGGCGUUUUGGUCAAAACUUGAAAACAACUUGAUAUGCAGACUUGUGAUAUUAGAUGUCAUGUUCAGAGUAUGUGUCAGGGUCAGAUAAAUUUAAACCAAUUUCACAUCUCAUUUUAGCUUAAUAUUUGCAAAAUUGACUGAGUUAUAACUAUUUUCGUAUAGACUAAUGCUGAUUAGUUGUGGCGUCUCAGUGACGGGCAUGCUCAGUGAUGCAAAACCAAUUAGCCCAACAAUAAUAAUAACAUUUAACUGCAGUAAGUCCUGCUUCACCUGGAAAAAAAAUCACAAACACUUGAAUAUCCCCAAUUGCUUGAAAACAACUAUCUCAGUCCCUGAAUAUUUUUUUUACCUCCUAUUCAAACAGCUUCUUCACUUCUGAUUAGUGGGGAGUUUCAGGGGGAAAACUGUCUUUAUUUUUUUAGCCUAGCUCUCAUUGUGUCUUCAAAGCAGUUGUAACUAAACCAUUUCUGCAUAACAAUAACAACGCCAAGUGUGCCAUUUGUGUGAAUAAAUAAGUGUAACAUCUUG